UUCCGACGUCACCGUGACGCUGGAAAGCAGGCGCCUCCCCAACAACAUUUCCCCACAGCCGACGAAAACUCUGCCACAUUGAAGAAGAAAUAGGCGACCUGGCAUCACAUUUUCUCUCACUCCACUUUCUCCGGGGAUUGUCACGGGAUUUCAAUGUUGAACCUGCUCUUUUGUUUCUGUGUUGAUUUGGGCCGUACCUUUAUGGCGUUUGUGAGUGUCAGCGGAGAAUUCUGCCAGGCUCAGCACCUCUCCUUCGUGGACAAGUGAAUCGGCCGCCCCCCAAGGGACUACGCUACCCAGAAGCCACCCUGAAUACCAGCAGUGGGAAACCCUGACUCUUCCAAAGACCCACUGGGAUACCGCGUAGUCCUUGGCCAGACUGCACUGCUCUAUCCCCGCCAUAAAGAGAAAUCUUUGAGUUCUGCUUUCUUCUCAAACAGCCAAUCACAAACAACUCUCCUGAAUGGGCCGUCUCGCCAACAUGAAUCGCCCCGCUGCAGUUGAGAUCACGUACGAGUGCAUGAAGUUCCUCAUCACCCACAACCCCACCAACGCCACUCUCAACAAGUUCACAGAGGAGCUGAAGAAGUUUGAGGUGAACACUCUGGUUAGAGUAUGCGACGCCACCUAUGACAAGGCUCCGGUAGAGAAGGAGGGGAUCCAGGUCCUGGACUGGCCCUUUGACGAUGGCGCGCCACCUCCCACCCAGAUUGUCGACGACUGGCUCAACCUGCUAAAGACCAAGUUCCGCGAGGAGCCGGGCUGCUGCAUCGCUGUACACUGUGUGGCCGGGCUUGGACGAGCUCCAGUCUUGGUGGCCCUAGCCCUAAUCGAGUGCGGGAUGAAGUAUGAGGAUGCCGUGCAAUUCAUAAGGCUGAAGAGACGUGGAGCCUUCAACUCCAAACAGCUUCUUUACCUCGAGAAAUACAGGCCCAAGAUGCGUCUGCGGUUCAAGGAUGCCAACGGCCACAACUGCUGUGUGCAGUAGGCUCUUUACUGUCGCGCGCAGCACUAUGCGCACAGCUAGUGGGGGAAACGAUUCCAACAAAGGGGAGAUAAAAUUUAAAGAGAAAGCUCUAUUGGUAAUUAUUGUGAUGAUUUAUUACUGAGUCUCAUGGUUAAUUGAUCACGGAAGUGAGCGAGUGAUCCAUCGAAUUGACGAAUUCAAAUGCAGAGAUCCACCAGCCGAACCAACCAAUGAAUGAGUAGGUCAAAGGUCAAAGCACACAGAUGGGCCCGCCUCCCAGUUCCUAGCGCUCAAUCAGGGGCUACAAUUUGUUAAACUAUCACUCAGAUUAUCUUUUUGCAUUAUUUUUUAAGGUUUAAUCAUGGGAUUUUUUUGAUAUUUUUGUGUUUAUUGUAAUUUUCUUCAUAACUCUCACGUUCACAACUUUUACAAUGGUGUUGUAAGAACAUGUAAAAUGAUUUUUUUCAAUCCCAACAACUGCGAUGAAUGGCCCAAGGGUAUACACCUUCUUGAAAUAUUUUUAAACAUUUAGCACAAAAUAUAACAGUUUGGUAUUUGUGUUAUUUCUGCACACAAAACAAUAUCAACUGACAAUGCAGUAACGUUCUCCCCGGCCUCACUCGAUCACUCAGUUUCAGUUUAGGGGUAUUAGUUUUAAAUGUGUCCACUGUAUUUAUUCACUGGCUUUGAUUAGUAUGGCAGACUAGAGUUUGACUGGGGUAAGGACACUCUGUUAUUCAUUGUAUUUUUUUAAUUUUAUUUCUUUUUCCUCUAGAGCCAUGUUUUAUUUUUCACUUUUUAAUCUCACGGGAGUGCAAUAAACAGUCCACCUCAGAAAAGACAACCAGAUGUCGGGCAGUCCUAGAUGCAUGCACACAUACUCACAACCAACCAGUUGAACACACAUGAAGAACCGUGGCGAUCAUUACAACCGGUACUCCUCCCCCCCUGCCCCGCCCAGCACCACUUGCCCCCCCAACUGCUUGGGUUGCUUCUCCGUUAAAUGGGUUUACAAAAGGACUUCCCUCGUCGUUGCAGGAUUAAAUAGAGGAGAGCCUACUUCCAACUGUUAACCCUUACUCUGAAGGAAAGAGGUGGUAAAGAAAGAAAAUGGUCAUUUUGUUUUAUCUUUGUACCCAUUUCGAAGACAUCCCCAAUUCAUAUUGGUUCUUAAAAGAUAAUAAAUUGAAAUAAAAAAAUGUCCCAACAUUGUUUUUAUAACACACCUGACGGUUGGCCACCUUACUGGAUCUAUUGGUUUAUUUUGGGAGUGUACGUUUGUUUUCGAAAGGGUGUGUAUCAUGCCAAAGCCUGUUUUUAGAUGGGAUAACCUGAAACGAAGACGAAGUUGCCACGUUAAUAUUGAUGAACUUUUAUUUUACUAAUGACUGUAUAAAUUAAAUAAUAGUAACUUUUAAAAUAGUUACUAUCUAUACUGUCCAACCCAACUGCUCGUCCUACAAUUCCAACAAUUCUUCAAUGUUUUGAUAAAAGUUACAUAUUAUAAUAGAUACCUGUUGCUGGGAAAUGGAUGACAUCUAAGAGCACCACAGUUUUCUAUGACAAACAUUGUGAAAAUGUUAGUUUUGCUUUUUACUUUAAACGCAAAACUGACUUGCAUUAUAGGCCUACCUACAGGUAGUCUAUAUCUACAACCUGCGAUGUAUAGUGAACCAUGGCCCUUGGUUUUAUCUGGAUAUCGGGCGCCCUCUGCCGUAUUUUCUUAGUAUUUUUAAUUUUCGAAGCACCUUCUUCAGUAAUCCAAAAAAACUAUUUCAGCUUGAUGGUUCAUGCUUCGUUAAUUUUUUGUAAUGGCAAUUGCCGUUUUGUCAUCAAUGUUGAGAUUCAUAGGUACAACGAAUGUACUUCCUCCCCCCUCGACCACUCGUCAGUCACACGUCUGCAUUGCAUCGUGCGUCCUCCCCGGAGUCCGGAUGACGCCGAAGCACGCAGACAUUACGAGGGACCCUAAUCUCACCUGCGCGCUCAUCCCACGUGGGAGAAUAACGGGAGAUCAUCCAACCCAGCGAAGAUGACUCACCGACGGUACCAUCACGAAUCAAAGCUAUGUCAAAUGGGUGAAUGUAUGAUCUGCUUACCAUUCGGUAGGCUAUCCAUAUCGACGCUCAGUUAGACUAAGGCAAUAUGAAAGCCUUGUGGAAUGGGAAGGAGAGACGUUUGGCCUCAUUGUACCGGUCAUUGUGUAAGAUACCGCCAUGAAUUCUGAGGACAAGGUUAAAUGUCCUACAUUAGUUAUGAGUAAAUGUUGAGGUCGAGGUAACAUAGUGCUAUUGAAUAAAUAAAUUUUAUUCUGAAUUGUUUGCUAGGUUUCUUACUCAACAUCCGAGAUGCUAAAUUAUGUGAUUGAGAAGAUGCCUCCUACGGCGCCCCGCGAUGUCCAAUCUUCUGUCAACAAAUGUAUACGGUAUUCUAUGCAAUGCUCCCAGCACAGGGGCUGCGCGUCGGCAGUAAAGGCACUUAAAAUACUCUAGUUCGCGAUAACAAGUUAAGAUUAACAUCUUGCCCCAAACCAUCAAAGGUUUCGUAAUUGUAUCCACAAAUAAUACGAUCUCAGCAGAAUACUUAGCUGAAUACAUUUGCGUUUUCAUGUCCACUGGAAUGUCCGUCUGACCAUUUAUGUUUGCACCAAAUUAAAGCAAUUAAAACAGUAUUAACUGAUAUACUUUGGUUUCA